UUUCUCCAGCCAGCCGCACCAGAGCGCCAACAACUCCUUCCAGCCGCACGACCACUCCUGCCUCAACCCUUCCAGCCAGCCGCACCAGAGCACAAACACCUCCUAGCAACCGCACCAGAGCAGAAACCCCUCCUAGCAACCGCACCAGAGUAUCAAAGCCUCCAGCCAGCCGCACCAGAGCACCAACCCCUCCUAGCAACCGCACCAGUGCAGAAACCCCUCCUAGCAACCGCACCAGAGCAAAAACCCCUCCUAGCAACCGUACCAGAGUAUCAAAGCCUCCAGCCAGCCGCACCAGAGUACAAACCCCUCCUAGCAACCGCACCAGAGCAGAAACCCCUCCUAGCAACCGCACCAGAGUAUCAAAGCCUCCAGCCAGCCGCACCAGAGCAGAAACCCCUCCUAGCAACCGCACCAGAGUAUCAAAGCCUCCAGCCAGCCGCACCAGAGCACAAACCCCUCCUAGCAACCCCACCAGAGUAUCAAAGCCUCCAGCCAGCCGCACCAGAGCUCAAACCCCUCCUAGCAACCGCACCAGAGCAGAAACCCCUCCUAGCAACCCCACCAGAGUAUCAAAGCCUCCAGCCAGCCGCACCAGAGCACCAACCCCUUCUAGCAACCGCACCAGAGCAGAAACCCCUCCUAGCAACCGCACCAGAGUAUCAAAGCCUCCACCCAGCCCCACCAGAGCACAAACCCCUCCUAGCAACCGCACCAGAGCAGAAACCCCUCCUAGCAACCCCACCAGAGUAUCAAAGCCUCCAGCCAGCCGCACCAGAGCACAAACCCCUCCUAGCAACCGCACCAGAGCAGAAACCCCUCCUAGCAACCCCACCAGAGUAUCAAAGCCUCCAGCCAGCCGCACCAGAGUACAAACCCCUCCUAGCAACCGCACCAGAGCAAAAACCCCUCCUAGCAACCGUACCAGAGUAUCAAAGCCUCCAGCCAGCCGCACCAGAGUACAAACCCCUCCUAGCAACCGCACCAGAGCAGAAACCCCUCCUAGCAACCGCACCAGAGUAUCAAAGCCUCCACCCAGCCCCACCAGAGCACAAACCCCUCCUAGCAACCGCACCAGAGCAGAAACCCCUCCUAGCAACCCCACCAGAGUAUCAAAGCCUCCAGCCAGCCGCACCAGAGCACAAACCCCUCCUAGCAACCGCACCAGAGCAGAAACCCCUCCUAGCAACCCCACCAGAGUAUCAAAGCCUCCAGCCAGCCGCACCAGAGUACAAACCCCUCCUAGCAACCGCACCAGAGCAAAAACCCCUCCUAGCAACCGUACCAGAGUAUCAAAGCCUCCAGCCAGCCGCACCAGAGCACCAACCCCUUCUAGCAACCGCACGACCAGUUAUACCUCAACCCAUCCAGCCAGAAGCACAUCAACAGCUCGCAGACGCACCUUGUCUACCAUCACACUAUGACGCAUUGGCUCAAGAUAUUCGAGUUGGAAGAAACCAUCGUCCACAUGAUGAUGACCCUCAAUAUGAUCUGCAUGAAGAUAUCAAAGAAGGCCACGUACCGUUAUACAACAGAAGAACAGCAUUGACCCAACAUUUAACCAGGACCAUGGACUUUUUCACGAAUUGCAUGUUUUUUUCAACUUCCUCUUCUACCACCACCACUACCACCACUACUACUACCACUACUACUACAACAACUAGAUCAAGAACAACAACCAGACCAACAACACCAACAACAACAACAACGACAACAACGACAGCCACAUCAACAUCAACAACAACCACCACAACAAUGGCAGUCACGGCAACGACAGCCACCACCACCCGCAUAUCAGCCACGUCCACCACCAUACUAGCUACAGCCUUUACCGCAUAGCCAAAGCCAUUACCACUCUAGUAACAGCCAUUGCAACAUUAGCCACAGAGAGAAAGUGGUAUUUUUUGAGAAAGGGGUCAUUUUUCACUCAAACAAUAUCAUACCUAAAUGGCUUUUUAUUAUGCAUCUGAAAGCACACAAAACUAUACACCAAUGGUGUUUUUUCGUUCACUAUUCUCGGCAAAUCCGAUGGCCAAUUGAGCUGAAAUGUUCACAAGAUUGUUAUUUUUAUGCGUUCUGGGAUAUGUUCACAAGAUUGUUAUUUUUAUGCGUUCUGGGAUACACCAAUGGAGAAUACUAGUCUUUGAAAAUUAUUACCGAACGUGUC